AGAGUUUGAUCAGUGAUUUGUAGCUCACAUUUGGACAUCAAUUAUGAUUAAAUUGUUUUCAUUGAAAUCACAACAAAACCAGGCGUCCGGACAGUCGGGUCAGACCCCCAGAGGACGCAAUACCGCCGCACAGAUCCGCAUCACUAAAGACAUUAAUGAGUUAACGCUUCCCAAGAACUGUGUGAUGGUUCCCGACCCGGAGGGGGAUCUCUUGAACUUCAAGAUUAUCAUCUGUCCCGACGAGGGCUUCUAUAAGGGCGGAAAGUUCUCGUUUAGUUUCAAAGUAUCGCAAAACUAUCCGCACGAACCGCCAAAAGUGAAGUGCGAGACCCGUGUCUAUCACCCCAACAUUGAUCUCGAGGGCAACGUUUGUCUCAACAUUUUGCGCGAAGACUGGAAGCCAGUGCUGACCAUCAACUCAAUUGUCUAUGGCUUACAGUAUCUGUUUCUCGAGCCCAAUCCGGAGGACCCCCUAAACAAAGAGGCGGCGGAAGUGCUGCAAACCAAUAGACGUCUAUUCGAGUCCAAUGUGCGGAAAGCUAUGGGCGGCGGA